AUUUGCGUGCGUUUUCUCGAGCUCUUGAGAAAGCGAAAUGGAGGGGAGUGUGUCCAACCUAAUGGUCUGUAACUUGGCCUACAGUGGGAAGCUGGAAGAGUUGAAGGAGAGUAUCCUGGCCGACAAGUCCCUGGCCACCAGAACUGACCAGGACAGCCGGACUGCUCUGCAUUGGGCAUGUUCAGCAGGACACACAGAGAUUGUUGAGUUCUUGCUCCAACUCGGAGUGCCAGUGAAUGAUAAAGACGAUGCUGGCUGGUCCCCUCUUCAUAUUGCUGCUUCGGCCGGCCGGGAUGAGAUUGUAAAGGCUCUUCUGGGAAAAGGUGCUCAAGUGAAUGCCGUCAAUCAAAAUGGCUGUACUCCUCUCCAUUACGCUGCUUCCAAAAACAGGCACGAGAUUGCUGUGAUGUUAUUAGAAGGUGGGGCUAAUCCAGAUGCUAAGGACCAUUAUGAGGCUACAGCAAUGCACCGGGCCGCAGCCAAGGGUAACUUGAAGAUGAUUCAUAUCCUUCUGUGCUACAAAGCAUCCACAAACAUCCAAGACACUGAGGGUAACACUCCUCUACACUUAGCCUGUGAUGAGGAGAGAGUGGAAGAAGCAAAACUGCUGACAUCCCAUGGAGCAAGUAUUUACAUUGAAAAUAAAGAAGAGAAAACACCCCUGCAAGUGGCCAAAGGUGGCUUGGGUUUAAUACUCAAGACAAUGGUAGAAGGUUAAAGUAGCUUGGAUUUAAUCUACUUUAUAUAUUUUGUUGUCCUCAAUGCCCUGGAAACUAAUGUAGUUGUACAUAAGGCAUCAUCUACAAAGGAUGCAGUUUUCUUAAGUUCAGAAUCUUACUAACAUGUUAUAUUAUUCCUGCUGAGAUAAACAUGUUACAUUAUUCCUGCUGAGAUAAGUAACUUGUUCUAAACUUGUUAUGAAACCUGUUUUCCAGGCAUUGAAUAAUUGUUGAGAUUGUUCCACUCUUGUCAUACAUUGUUUUCUAAUACUGCAUUUUGCUUAAUUUUGAGUGAUUGUGUGACUGUUAAUGAGUCCUCACCACCUUCCUAUGUACCUUCUCUCUCCCUUUGAAGCACAAUGACCCAAAUAACAAUAGGCAGGUGGUUCUGUCACAUGGUUGCAGGUGAAUUCUAUAUCUUUCUAUAAUUGAAACACAUUUUAAUACUCAGACCUAUGCCAAAUAUUUCCCUUUUCUCCAACUAUACAUCUUUCAUUAUAGUGUAUAUAUAUAUAUAUAUAUAUAUAUAUGUAUAUAUAUUUAGUGGACCAAAUUUUAAGUUGGGGGAUAUGCUCUAAAAUAAUGGAGUACAGUGAGUGUCCUGUGUACCCAUGUAUCUCUUUGAGGAGCUGCUUUCCUUCACAACACUAUGUUUUUUUAAACAGGAAACUCUGAAGUACCUUUAUUGCCUGACCGUUUAUUGGAAAGAAUGUCCAGAUUGUUAAAAUGAUUUUAACAGAAUGGUAUUUUGAUUUGUAUUUCAGAACUUUUAAAAAUGUUAGAAUAGCCCGUUUUUUUAAAAAGACAUUCACUUAAGCCUUAAAAUUCUGAGUAAAAACAUUUCUCAGUUGUGGGUAGCUCUAAAGUCAGUAAAAUUAGUGAAGCUUGAACUACAAGUAAAACCUUUGGAAUAGUAGUCUUCUGAAUUGCCAACUAAAUGCACAGCACAAGGAAAUUAAUAAGUGCACAUUAAAACUCAAUUUAGGGAAGCAUCUUAAAUGAUUAUUACUUAUUAAAUCUAACAUACUCAAAGUGACAACAAAUUAUUUUUUGACUUGAAUUUUAAACUGCAAAUAUUGUUUGAAAUACAUGUUUUAAGUGAGCCCCCACAAACUUGUGUUAAUUUGAAAUUAAAGACUUAAUGUCCAGUAAUUAAAACUUUUAUAAAUACGAACUUUGUUGUUUAUAAACAAAACUGUUUUACAUAAAUUUGUUUUUGCCAUCGUGCAUAUCAAAACCAGGGAAGUUAGGCAGGUGCGCUACCAUUAAGAUACACCUCCAGCCCAGGGAAGUAUCUUCUUACGGAAUAACAGUCUUGCUUUACUGAAUACUGGAGGUAGAGUGAUUGGUAAGGGAAAUAAUUUACCUCUAAUAUUUUCAAUGUGAUUUAACACUAAAGUUUUCUCUAAUAGAUCUGUUAAGACUAAAAGCCUUUAAAUAUUAAGUUUGUCUGAGGUAAUAGGCUUCAUGGGUAUAAUAGAAACUCAUUUUAAUUCCUUAGUAUGAGUUCUUCAGUAAGCAAUAGAGUCGGAAGUAAAACUAAAGUAAUUUGUAGGCUUAAGUAACUUGUUAGCAAUAGUUGAAUCACUGAUUUGUAUAAACUGAGGGUUUUAAUGCCCUCAGAUCCUGACCAAAUUGUUACCUGUAGAAAAUGUGAUACAGUGUGAAGCUGAUUCAAGAAUGUUUCCUUCCAAAACAAAAAAGAAAAUUCAAUUUUAAAGUUUAAUAAAUACUGGAAAAAGUAUGAUCUUAAGUACCUUUAACAGAGUAUUCUUAACUUUGGUGACAUUGUUUGAGAUUCAAGGUAAAUCUGCAUUCUGCUCUAAAAUCUUUGACUUAAUAGUUUUAACUCUGACCCUAGUGUUUUGAAUUCUCAUUUCUCAAUUACACCACUUACAGUGUAUUUUUAUGCAGCUCUGCCUGCAGUUUUCUGCUUCUGUGUUCUGCUGUCGAAUAUUAGUCUGUUGGCAAAAUUGAUAUUUACUAUGACGGUUCUUUACUUUGGGUUAUAUGGCUCCAGUUUCACAUUGCUAUUGACUAAAAUUGAAUGCAGAAUGUUGUAUAUGCAUUUUUCUGGGAAGACAGUUGAUAGAUUUUUAUCAAAUUCUCAAAAGAACCUGUGAUUUCUUAAAAAGUUAAGAAUCGCUGGGUAAGAGCCAAAAGAAUAUUGAAUCAGUUCUCUGGAGAUAUAAGUUCUAGAACAUUGUAGCUCUACCACACUUUAUAAGCUUUGCAUCUUUUCUUAUUGUUGCCUUUAAGAAUACA